AUGGGACCAAAGGGUGAAAGAGGACCACCAGGUCCUAGUGGCCCACAAGGAAGCACAGGAACAUGUCUGCCACGCCAGAAAUCUGCCUUUGCCAUGAAACUUGCCAAAAACUAUCCAGCUCCUAAUCAGCCCAUUAUAUUUCAUCAAAUCUUAUACAAUGAUCAGCAACAUUUUGAUAAGGCCACAGGAAUUUUCACCUGCCACGUACCUGGAGUUUAUUAUUUUGGCUACAAUGUGGAGUUGUAUCGGAACACCACAAGCCUUCUGUUAAUGAAAAACAGCAAAGCAGUGCUAGCCUCAUAUCAGACCACCCUAAAGUCUUAUGAAAAUAUGUCAGGAAGUACAGUCCUUAAGCUGGAGAAGGGUGACAAGGUCUGGUUAGAAGUGAUCCAGGAAAGUAACGGAGCAACGCAAACAAGCUACUUUUUGGGUUACCUCAUAUUUGAAACUUAG